CCCAUACAACACUGAGGCAAAAAAUGAGGCACCAUCUUUAAGGAUGAGAAUUUGUAAACCACAAGCUCAAAUUCAAGCCAAAAUCGAAAGCAAGAGACCCUAGUAAGAAGUGACAGAACAAUCGAACAGGCCAAAAACCAAAAGCAUCAAGUUGAUUGCAACAGUUUAAUGUGUAGGCCUUUUCUCUGUCCAUAUAGAAAGGAAUAAAGAAAAAUGACGAAUGCCUUCAAAUCCGGCAUGGACAAGCUCGUCAGAAGCAGAACAAAUCACGAAAGAACCGAACGACCUCUGAUCUCCUUGGGAUGAUUCUUUCAGUUUCAGGGUCUCUAGUCCCUCGGCUCCAGUGUCUGACCGACCUCUGACUCUCUGAGUCUCUGAACUGUAAGGCUCGUGGCAUUUUGUGUCGAAGGGUCUUAGUUGCAGCAAUGGUGGGUCCAAAAGUCCAAACUCCUGCAGCAGAUAUGCAAACUCAUCCUGACCUCAUGCUCCGUUCCUCCUUCCCUUUCUCCAAAGCUUUUCCAUUAUAGAUUGGUUUAUUUAAAAAUAAAAAAAAAGUAAGAAAUUGCAAUAUGAAUUGUUGCCGCGUUACUUUCGAUCACGAAUUCAACGCGGAAUCAGAGUAAGUAAACGUUUCAAUCAGAUUCUCAUCGUCGCAAUUUUUGAAUUGAAUUUUCUGAAACAAAUAGAUGAUGUUUUUGUGGGGUGGAGAAACCAGAAGUAGGGAAACUUAGAAAGGAAGCUCUGGGAACUAUUGCUAUUGCUUGGAUUACAAUGGAAGUCAGGUAUUAGUGAGGCAAACAGGCACAAAAGCUAUCGUUCACGUCAACCUUUGAGAGAUGAGACAAAAGGCCUACUCUCACCUUUAGUGCUUUGGACAGGACUCCCCACCUCACCUCACGUUGAAAGAAUCAACCUAACCAAAAGAGAAAAGAAAACAUUCCUCCAAAUUCUCUGCCUGUAAAGAAAUAAAACCCAAAGAGGGUUAGAUAGAUUUGUUCCAUUUGCAACCGGGAAGAGUUGAAGCGGCUGCCAUUGAGAACCGAAUAUGUCUAAGAGACCGGAUUUUGCACAGAAGCUGUUGGAUGACUUGCGGCGACGGAAAGAGCAGAUGCAGAUGUCUCAAUCCCAGGCAAAUCGUUCGAGCAAGAUGCUGGGUGAUACUAAUGGAAACUUCAGACAACACUCUCGAGGAUCUAGACAAACAGCUUCCAUAGCAGGUGGCAGGAACAAAGGUCUCAGUUCGGCAGGUAAUAGAAAACUCUCUGCUGAGGUAGCUUCAAAGGAAAUUGUUCCAGUUGGGAAAGCUCAGAGCUCUGCACAUAUUGGUGACCUAUCCAUGGCGAUCGCUUUUGCCCUUGAGAAUGGCGGGAGACUCAAAAAAAUGGAAUCUCCAGCUAACAAAAUGAUGGAUUUUCUGCAUCAAAUAGGGAGGAGAUCAAUAAUAGACUCUGGGAUGAUGGACAGGGGUCGACCUCCAAACAGUCGCUUCCCUGCACUGUCUCAACUCCACGUAAAGGAGAUAUCCAAAGGUGUACAGAAAUUAAACCAGAUACUCAAGGCAUGCGCUAAUGGCCUUAAUUUUGACAGAUACUCCAUAGAAAUCGGAAAGGAGUUACUGAGAGGGGCCAUCGAAUUGGAAGAGUCAUUAAGAAUGCUUGUAAACCUACAAGAAGCUUCAGAAUAUAUGGUUAGCCCACAGAGAAAGCAGAAAAUCAGAUUGAUCGAGUGUGAAGAUGAUGAAGAUGAUGGCAAUAAUGAAAAUAGCAAGGCUAUUGUCAAAGUAAAUCAACAGAAGCAACUGGACUGGCCACGUUUCUCUUUCAAUGGACCCUCAAGAGACUCAAGAGAUAAUGUUAGAGAAACUAGAAAGACUAGUUUACUUGAACAGAGGGUGAGGGCUCUAUCACACACCAGAGAAGCUCCCCACCUGAUUUCAGAAAAGCAAUCUCCAACAACCUAUCCCUUAUCUCACAGACGGUCAGCAAGCUCUGGUCCAGAUUCCAAUACUCUAGAUGCAUUCUCAAACCCCACAAAACACUCGAGUUCAAUUCACUCAAAACCAGAAAAGGGCAGAAUUCCUAAUGUUAUUGCAAAAUUGAUGGGGCUUGAGGAAAUUCCACCAAACAUAGGCUCAAAAAAUGCAGUGCAGAAAGACCCAGCCCCAAAGCAAGGGGAAUCCAGCAAGGAUUCACAGAAAGCUGGACAUGGAAAUACCAGAAAAGUUGAAAGGAUGACUAAGGACUCCAAGAACUUUGUCCCCCAGGGAGCCCAAACAACAAUAGAGAAGAUGCACCAAGAAAACAAAACCUCAGCAACUCGUGAUGCCAGCCUUGAUAUAGUUCUUGGUGAAAGGAAAUCAUGUCACAGGGAUACCAAGAGCAUGGAGAAUAUGAAUCUGAUGGCGGAUUUAAAGACACUGACCAUCAAAGUGAAUAACCCACAGAUCAACACGAGCCAAUUGAAACAAAUCACAAGUAUUCAGAAAGAGAAAGCAGAGAAGGAGAGAAGGCAAGAGAAACAACAUCUCAAAUAUCAGGGAAGCACCAGAAAUGAGGAAACUAAGGAAUUUGUCAUGAAGAAUCCAUUGCAGAGGAUGGCACAACAACAUUACAAACAUGUAGAAGCAGCAAGUGUAAAGCAACAAAAGGCAGAAAGCAAGGAAAGUAGACACCAAAACGAGAACAAAAAUGCAAAUAGAUUUUCAGUGCUGAGCAAUCAAUACGACAGAUCUCAGCAGACUAAAAGAACUCAAUCUCAAGAUGCAAAAGGAGAGGAACCGACAGUGAAAAACAAGUUGCAAGUGAAAUCAAAUGGUAGAGAAACCGUGCUACAGAUUUCAUCAAAACCUACCCAUGAUGCUAUGAAUUCACAAAAGAAGCUGCCACAUGUGAAUCACUCAACAACUGAAAAGAGAAAUUCCAUGGGAGUUUUUGAUAGAUUGUCAUCUGAAGGAUCUCCAAAGUACAGCCAACGUGAAAAUCUUAUCAGAGAAGGUAAAUCACCUUCACAUAAACUCACCAUGAAGAUGCCACCCAAAGAGAGCACAGAAGAUGAAAGAGCCUCACCAAAAUAUGCAGAAAUUGCAUCCAUUCCACCAGCUGUGAUUGAAAAGCCCAUAUCUUCCCCACGAGCACAGAAUGAAGAUAACAUGCAAGAAGUGAAUAAAAAAAAGACUGCCCCAAAGAGAGAAUACAGGAAUUAUGAAAUGGAGACAAGAAGAAUCGGAAGCCAGAGAAAUAUGGGUAGUCCAUUGAAGCAAAACAUUUUAGUUUUGCAGGAUCCGAAGCAAAGAAGGGAUGAAGAAAAUCAAUACAAAGGAACAGAAGCAAGCAUCAAUAGAUCCAAAAAAGCAGAGGCAAAAAUCAAAACAUUGAAUCAGGCACCAUGUUUGCAGGAAAAAACUGAUCCCACAACCAUCUUGGGCAAGACAGUGGACAACAAAUAUGAAAGGCAAAAUAAACCAGAAAGUAUAGCUCCACAUGUCACUAUUCAAGAUGUGGCCUCAAAAUUUUCAGAUUCUAUGCAAGCCCCAGAAUUUAUGGUCGACAAAGAUCAAGAACUGAAGUGUUCCAACUUGGUUUCCAUCCAAACCCAAGACCUGAAUGAAAAAGAUAGGGUUGGCAUCCUUAGCUCAUCAGAACAAGAGAACCAAAAAAUGUCCAUAUGUGGGGGACAAGGGCCACUAGGAGAGAAUGAAAAUAAUCUCAAGCAGAUACUCGUACAAAGUCAAUUGUUCCUUAAUGCAGCAGAGGCACUUUACGAACUCCAAAUUCCUGUUGGGAUCCUACAUGCUAGUGCCCAUAAAUGCCAAAAUGAAAAUAGUAAGCUUGUUUUAGACUGCAGCUAUGAAGUGAUGAGACGAAAAGGCAGAAGACAAGAGCUCACUUUUUAUCCCAGCAUGAAGAUUUCUAUUGGGUCCAUGAAGAUAAAAUGCUUGGAUGACUUGGUUAAGAAGUUGCAUGAAGACCUCGAGGAGUUGAAGUUCUGGGGUCAGAAUGGGAGCAAGGAAUGUGAUGUUGCACAGUACCUGUAUACGAUACUCAAUAAAGACAUUCAAAAUAGGAAUCCAGAUGUGAACUGUAUGUGGGAUUUUGGUUGGAGUUACUCAAUUUUCACAUUUAUUGAAAAGGAUGACAUCAUAAGGGAUUUGGAGAAGCAUUUGCUGAAUGGACUUAUUGAUGAAAUAACUAGAGAUCUUUAUAUAUAGGGAUAACUAUUUGAUGGAAGGUCACACAAAGUUCUGAACUUAUUCACGAGCAGGAUUGGUUUUUAGUUGAAGUUUCAAAGUAUAAAGGGUUUUACCAUGUGUAUUCUUGUAAAAAAAAAGAAAAAUGUUACUUUCUUUUUUACUACGGAAAUUAAUAUAUAUAGUACUCGAGUACCAUUUUCAUGUGUUUGGUGAUACUUGACCUAUCCCAGCAUCAGAACAAAUUCUCUUCAUUAAGAGUCAAGAAGGUGUAUGAUGAUAUAUAAUAAAGAGGCCCAAAGGCAAAGAAUUUACAGUAUAUUGUCUCUACAGUUAUGUCUUUCAAUCCUUAAACUCAUUGAAGACAAGAAUCCAAUCCAUCAAAAACAGAAAGAAUCAGCACAUCACUCUUCAAAUAUUCUCCAACUUCAAUCCUUCCACACAGCCCAACAAAUAGUAAAUGAAAAAAUAAACCACAAAAUGGCCCUAUAGAACCCACCAACAAUGAAAGCCAUCAUAAGAUUGUUUUACACAUCAAAAUGGGACAACUCCAAAAAAAUCUGAAGAAGAGAACAGAAGAACUCUAAAAGAAAAUAAGUGGUGGGGCUACUGAUUACUCAGAUGAUCUGCACAUAGGACAACAAUCUCGGAUUUGCAUAGGUGGUCUACGGUAACAACUUUAUCAAAGAAAACCAGCCACAUGAAUGCUCCCACCCUAGGAGGAACCCUUCUUUCCCAAAUGCAAUCAGAAUCGUCAAUACCAGAGAUGCCUUUAGCAAAAGCAAUAUAAAAAACCUAAGAGAAUUUAAUCCUCCCAAUAUAUUUUUUCCUGGCAUCAGGAAAAAACCAAAAAUUUCAAGUUAUUGGAAAAUUAAUAAACUUCUGUAAUUUCCCUACUCAACAAUGGUCUUUGGUAAAUAGGAUACCAGGUGAUCCUACUACACUGUACUGUAAAAACCUCAGAGAUGUUACUCCCCACCUUUGCACAGUUAUCCUAUUAGAACAAAUCCGUCAGAUUGCAGCAUACAUGUAUAUGUAAUAAAUAUAACCUUAGUUCCAUACCAUUAACUAAUCACCCAUCAGCAGGUUGUCAUCAAGAAGUAACAGGAUUAAGGUGUGAAUGUGUAUAUUGGAUAAUGAAUAGUCAACACCCAACAUUUUCACAAGAUGUGACUUCAAGGAGGUUUUGAUAGAUGCAAUAACCCCAAUGGUCAAUAAUGGAGAAUGAAAAUAACCCCAAGGCAUGGCAACUAUUUUGAAACCAUAAAGGAUGUGAAGAAGCACAUUCUAAAUGCUCGUGUUGAGAUAACCAUGAACCUUUCACAUAUAAGCAUUACUAUUUCAUAAAAAAACAAGCACACAAAUCUGCAAAAUAAUUCGAAUGAAGUUGGUUUGUCAUUCAAGUUUCAGAUGAAAAUGGUUUUACCAUAUGUGCUGCUGAUAGGGGUAAAUGAUGAUGAAUGAAAAAGUUCCAGAAUUUUUUUAUUGGAAACAGUAGCUCCAAAAAUUAUUUAGUUAUCCAACUACCAGUUCCAAAAUUGUGCCUAAAGGUUUCAUCAUACAUCAAUGCAUAUGAAUUACGGACACUAAUAUA